AUGAAGCAGGCGUAUAUUACGGAUUAUAACACGUAGAAAAUCAAAAUUUUAGCAGUUAUAUCAUAGCUGCAUUCUCUUAUUGGCAAGAAAAGACUCGCCUUCUCGCCUGUUGGAUCAUUUCACCAUGGCAGGCACCUCUAGAGACUCUUAUAUCUAUCCCCGAAAUGUCAACAGCAGGACAUAUUUAGCUGAAGCUAUCGAGAAGGACCCAAAUAAUGUAAAAGCAGAAGUAAAGCUAGAAGAAAGAGAAAACUGGUCGAAUAAGAUGGACUUUAUUCUUUCCUGUGUCGGGUAUGCCGUUGGAUUAGGGAACGUAUGGAGGUUCCCAUACCUCUGUUACAAGAACGGUGGAGCCUCAUUUCUAAUACCAUACGCCAUAUGUCUGUUCUUCUGCGGUAUUCCAAUCUUYUUCCUCGAGGUCGCCCUAGGACAGUACACAGCUCAAGGUGUCGUUAAAGCUUGGACCGUAGUAUCUCCACUGAUGGGAGGUAUUGGUUUUGCCAUGACGAUUAUUACCUUCCUGUGCAGUGUGUAUUACAACGUAAUUAUGGCCUGGUCAUUUUACUACAUGUUUGAUUCAUUCAGAGCGACCGUGCCCUGGAAGGAUUGUAGUAACGCCUGGAAUACUGAAUUCUGUAGUAUUACUCGUAAACUCAACUGCACCGCCAACUGUUCAGCACCCCUCAAGCUGGUUUCACCAGAAGAAGAGUUUUUCGAGCGCAAAGUGCUACAAUUAACAGAAGGCAUCCACAAACCAGGCGAAGUUCGUUUUGAGCUGGCGAUGUGCUUGCUACUUUCUUGGAUUGUCGUGUACUUCUGUGUUUGGAAGGGAAUCAAAUCGGCCGGAAAGGUCGUUUAUUUUACGGCAAUCUUUCCAUACGUCGUUUUAAUCAUCCUCUUCUUUCGUGGAGUCACCCUGGAAGGGGCUGGCAAAGGAGUAUUAUUUUACCUCAAGCCUGACUUCAGUCUCCUCACAUCACCUGGUGUGUGGGUAGAUGCUGCAGGUCAGAUAUUCUUCUCUCUUAGUGUUGGUUUUGGGGGUCUCAUCACCUAUGGCAGCUACAACAAGUUCCACAACAACUGUCAAAGAGACACUCUUAUCGUUUCCCUCAUCAACUGUGCUACCAGCGUCUUUAGUGGAUUUGUUAUCUUCUCUAUGAUGGGUUUCAUGGCGCAUGAAUUGGGACUGGAGGUCAAAGAUGUCGUCAAAUCUGGCCCAGGGCUUGCUUUCAUCGCGUAUCCCGAGGGAAUCAAAAAGAUGCCAGGUUCCCCAUUCUGGGCCUUCAUAUUUUUCUUUAUGCUGUUCAACCUCGGUCUUGACAGUCAGUUUGUGGGUGUCGAGACAGUCACUACUGUACUCGCUGACUCGUACAAGGGUUGUAGACGAUACAAGUCUCAUAUCACGCUGAUAUUCUGUCUUGUCUGCUACGUGAUUGGCCUAUCAAACAUCACUCAGGGUGGAAUGUACGUUUUCCAGAUGUUUGACUAUCAGGCAGGAGGGAUAUCUCUCGUCUUAGUGGCUCUCUUGGAGGUCAUUGGCAUUGGAUGGUGUUACGGUGUUGAUAAUUUUAGUAGAGACAUCGAAUCAAUGAUCGGCUCAAAACCCAACAUAUUUUACUUGGUCUGUUGGAAAUACAUUUCUCCCUUCAUCAUAUUGAUCAUCUUUAUUUGGAACUGUGUUAGUUGGGAAGGAAUCAGUUAUGGCGACCAUCAGUUUCCUCCGUGGGCCGAGUUCAUGGGUUGGAUGUUGUGUGUCGCGUCUUUGGUUUUUGUACCUGGUUUUGCUAUCUAUAAGAUGUAUCACUAUAAAGGAUCUUUCUCUCAGCGCUUCAAACAGUUAUUGACACCUGACAACGACUAUCUGAGGGCAAUACACAAGAAAUAUGGCAUUUCUGAUAUUACAAAACUGUCUAACUAGCUGACACCCUCAAGAAGGAAGUGGUAAAAUACAAGAAUUCCUGUCCAGUUGUAUUUAUACAGAACCAACAGUCUUUUUAGUCAAUAACUUAAGUAAUUUUAAAUAUUUAUUAACACAUUUCCUGGCACAGAAUGUUCAGGAUAACAGUGAUAAUAAUAAGUAGUAUUUUCUUUCAUUUCACUAUCAUAUAAUAACUCUAGAUUAUAGUAUUUGUUUGUGGUUUGGCUUCUCUUGGAAGGUUUCUCUUAGCCUUAUAACAACAUCAUGUAAAUGUCUCUACUCCUUAUAUAAGUGACUCUCACCAUAUAAAAAUGAAAUUAAGAGAUAAAUAUAACAGUAAAGGAUACAUUUGAUAAACAAAUAGAAAUCUUUCUUAUAUUCAAUAUAUUUUCACUUAUUCCACAUGAACUGGGUACAGCCUAAGUAGUGUUACCAUCCUUACCUUCCCUCCCUACUCCACUCUACGGAUGUCAUGACCUGCGUAUCAGUCCUAUCGCACCUUCCAGGUCAAGUAAGACUGAUUACUUUUUUUCCUUGUUGACUUCUAUGUUGGCAGAAUAGAUUUGUCAUCCAACAUGGCAGUUAUAUCAUUUUUUUCUUAGAAAUGAUAGUAACAGUUGAGCUAAAUUCCACACUUUUUGCAUUGUUGUAUGUUCCUGACUCCCAUGUUGGAGGAAUAAUCUUGUGUCAUCCAACAUGUCAGCCAUGUCUCAGAAAUGAUAACCUAUUAAUAAAUGAAAUACAUUGAA